AUGAAUCCAGUCAAUUCAGAGAGCUCAUCGGCCCCUCGCAGGUCGUCCUCAGUCUCCAGCCUGCCAGAACCACUGCAAGAUCUCAUAGACAAGGCAGAGAAGGAAAGAGAACUGUACGAAGAUCCUUGGAAUCGGAUUCCCGGUCCACAGGAUUCAAAACAAGUCAAUCAACCAAAGAAAUCCAGCAAAGAACAAGGCAACAAGAGAUCAAUCCUGAAAAAGCCUCAUCUUCCAGCGUCGCUGCAGCGUCUUGUUGACAAGGCUGAGGUUGAGAGGGAGGUGUAUGAAGACCCCUGGUCUGUUCGAAUUCCAAGAGCCCUCGGCUGGGGAAAAUAUAGCAAAAACCAAGAGACAAAGAAGCCGGUCACAAAGGCAUGA